AUGCCUUUUGCUAAUGUUUCGUAUAACGAAGCGAGUGAUGUUGUGUUUACCGAUGCAGAGGGGACCACAACUAUCUACAACCCAGGCGAUAUCGCCUUCAUUCUCAUCGCUGGAGCCCUUGUGUGGCUCAUGAUCCCAGGUCUCGGAUACUUCUAUUCCGGCCUGCUGAGACGGAAAAACGCGUUGUCGAUGAUUUGGAUGAGUAUGUGUAUCCUGGCGAUGGUGUCGUUCCAGUGGUUUUUCUGGGGCUAUUCUUUGACUUUCGGUGAUGGAAACGCGUAUAUCGGGAAUCUGAGAUACUUCGGAAUGAUGAAAACAUACGGUGAUCCCUCGCCAGGAAGCUCCCGCCUUCCAGCUCUAGUCUUCAGCUUCUACCAACUGAUGUUCGCAGCUAUCACUCCAAUGAUCGCCUUUGGUGCCUUCGCGGAACGUGGCCGCCUAGGCCCGAUCCUCGUCCUAACCUUCAUCUGGACCACCAUCGUCUACGACCCCAUCGCUUGUUGGACUUGGAACCCCCUCGGCUGGUCCUUCGUCAUGGGUGGCUACGACUUCGCCGGUGGUUCCCCAGUUCACAUCUCUUCCGGUACAGCGGCAUUGGCCGUUUCGAUCUACUUGGGCAAGCGCAAAGGCUACGGAACGGAAAGGUUAGCGUAUAAACCCAAUAACACGAGUUACGUCGUUUUGGGAACGGCUUUCCUUUGGUUUGGGUGGUUUGGGUUCAAUGGAGGGAGUGCUCUCAGUGCGAACUUGCGUGCUGCGAUGGCGUGUUAUGUGACGAAUUUGAGUGCUAGUGUUGGAGGGUUGACUUGGAUGCUUUGGGACUACCGUCUUGAGAGAAAGUGGUCUGUUGUUGGUUUCUGCAGUGGUGCUAUCGCCGGACUAGUCGCUAUCACACCUGGUUCUGGUUUCGUCGGUGCUCCUGCCGCGGUCCUCUUCGGUUUCCUCGCCGGAACGCUGUGCAAUUUCGCCACUCAACUAAAGUUCCUCUUGAAAUACGAUGAUACUCUGGAUAUCUUUGCCUCGCACGCAAUCGGAGGGGUCAUCGGUAACAUCCUCACCGGACUUUUUGCCCAAAAAGACAUCGCUGCACUUGACGGAUCUUCAGUCAUUGCUGGGGGUUGGCUUGACAGGAAUUUUGUCCAGCUUGGGUAUCAAGUUGCUGAUUCGUGUGCUGCGAUGGGUUAUUCGUUCGUUUUGACUACAAUCAUCCUCUGGGUUAUGCACGUUAUCCCUUUCCUCCGUCUUCGUGGAACAGAAGAAUCUGAAAUUGUUGGAUUGGAUGACUAUGAGAUGGGCGAAUAUGCGUAUGAUUAUGUUGGAUUGGAACAAGAGAUUGGACAUGAGGUUGAGAUUAGGGUUGGGGAUGUCACGAGUGGAGGGAGGGAACCGGCCCAUCAUGAUCAUUCGACGUCGAGUACUGUACAGGAGGCGGAGAAGGGUGUGGAGGGAACGAGAAGCUGA